UCUUUGGGGUGGGGGUUGGGGCAAGGGCUGUGUCGGGGCCUCUUGGUCCCAGGGCUGGAAUGUCGCACCUCCCUGGAGAAUGGCCUCCCUCGGGCUGAGGGCCGCCGGGGCUGCGGAGCCUCGUCCGCGGGCCUGCGAGGCUGCUGCAGUAGUUGGUUGGGCGACCCGCGAGGUUGGGUGUGGGCAGACGGUUUCUUUCCUCCAGUCCCCGUGAGCUGAUGUGGUUGCAUGUUCAGGGAAGGAUGGGAAUAAACCACUUCUCAUUCCCUUACCUGUUGCUGGCCAGAGAACGCCUUUCCCAUUACCCCUUCUCCCUACUUUUAAUAGAAAGGGGUGAUUAAACCUCGUGCGCUGAACUCGGGGUUAUUUUCCUGUCCUCCCCUUCUCUUAAAAAAAAAAACAAAACUAGAAGACACUGCAGAACUCUGGGAAACUAUGGAGUUCUCAUGCCCUCAAAGAAUGAAAUCAAACUUCUCUCAAUGGAAGGGUAGUGGAAUGGGACAGCUUCGGCAUUUUCUCCCAAGAACAUAACACUGUGUUUUGAAACUUGUCAGGUUCUGUGUAAGUAAUGUGGGUGAUUACUACGGGAAUAAGGCUGACUUCCUGUAAUGGUGUUAUUUAGUAACGCGAUAUGUUUGGAUGAAGUAGACUCUGUUAAUUUUCAGUCAGUGUACUGGAAAGUUCUACAGAUUUCGCUACCAAGCUAUCAGUGUCCCAGCUCCCAUUCCUAGUCUUGAAAAAUCAGCAGUGCUGGGUAUAUUUGCAGAUCCCAUCUUCAAGUAAUUGUCUCAGAGGCAUCGGUAGAUAUGUAUUGCCCAGGAGAAAAAAUUCGGUCCCGGUUACCACACGUCAUAGAAAAUGUUGAAUUUUGGGGAGAAUUUUCAUAUGUAAACUGCAUUUUUUUUUCUACAUAAGGAUACAUUCUACUUUCCAGUGUUUCAGAAGGGAGUCUUUUAUUGAAACUGGAAGACCAAAAGAAAUACAACCAUGUUGUGCUGGGGAAAUGCGUCUUUUGGACAGUUAGGUUUGGGUGGAAUUGACGAAGAAAUUGUUCUAGAGCCCAGAAAAAGUGACUUUUUUAUAAAUAAAAAGGUGCGAGAUGUAGGCUGUGGACUCAGACAUACUGUAUUUGUUCUGGAUGAUGGAACGGUGUAUACAUGUGGAUGUAAUGAUCUAGGACAACUAGGUCAUGAAAAAUCCAGAAAGAAACCUGAGCAGGUUGCUGCCCUGGAUGCCCAAAAUAUCGUAGCUGUUUCAUGUGGAGAAGCACAUACAUUAGCGCUAAAUGACAAGGGCCAGGUGUAUGCGUGGGGUCUUGAUUCUGAUGGACAACUUGGCCUUCUAGGAUCAGAGGAAUGUAUCAGAGUACCCAGAAAUAUUAAAAGUUUGUCAGAUAUCCAGAUAGUACAGGUUGCUUGUGGUUACUAUCAUUCUCUUGCACUCUCUAAAGCAAGUGAAGUCUUCUGUUGGGGACAAAAUAAAUAUGGCCAAUUGGGUUUGGGCCUUGAUUGUAAAAAGCAGGCUUCACCACAGCUGAUUAAGUCUUUACUUGGAAUCCCUUUCAUGCAAGUUGCAGCAGGAGGAGCCCAUAGUUUUGUUCUCACUCUUUCUGGAGCUAUCUUUGGAUGGGGACGCAAUAAAUUUGGUCAACUAGGUCUUAAUGAUGAAAAUGAUAGGUAUGUUCCUAAUUUGCUAAAGUCCCUAAGAUCUCAGAAAAUAGUUUAUAUUUGUUGUGGAGAAGAUCAUACUGCUGCUCUAACCAAGGAAGGUGGGGUGUUCACUUUUGGAGCUGGAGGGUAUGGUCAGUUGGGUCAUAACUCUACCAGUCAUGAAAUAAACCCAAGGAAAGUUUUUGAGCUUAUGGGAAGCAUUGUUACUCAGAUUGCUUGUGGAAGGCAGCACACUUCUGCUUUUGUUCCUUCAUCAGGACGAAUUUAUUCUUUUGGACUUGGUGGUAAUGGGCAGCUCGGAACUGGUUCAACAAGCAACCGGAAAAGUCCUUUCACUGUAAAAGGAAAUUGGUUCUCUUAUAAUGGACAGUGUCCACCAGAUACUGGAGGCAUCCAGGUGAAGAAGGCUGCUGGAUACAGAAGCACUGAGGUGGAAAGACAACGAAUUUUUUCUUCACAGAAUUCAAGGUGGCCUUGGGAAGCACAAAGAAGUCAAGGAAAAAAGUACAAAGAUUGUGAAGAAUAUUUCUGUGUAAAAAGAAUUUUCUCAGGUGGCGAUCAAAGCUUUUCACACUACUCUAGUCCCCAGAACUGUGGGCCACCAGAUGACUUUAGAUGUUCUGAUCCUUCAAAGCAGAUCUGGACUGUAAAUGAAGCUCUUGUUCAGAAAUGGCUGAGCUACCCCUCUGGAAGAUUUCCUGUAGAGAUAGCCAAUGAGAUAGAUGGAACAUUUUCUUCCUCUGGUUGCCUAAAUGGAAGCUUUUUAGCUAUUAGCAAUGAUGAUCACUAUAGAACAGGGACCAGAUUUUCAGGGGUUGAUAUGAAUGCUGCUAGACUUUUAUUUCACAAACUUAUACAACCUGAUCAUCCUCAGAUUUCUCAGCAGGUGGCAGCUAGUUUGGAAAAGAAUCUUAUUCCUAAACUGACUAGCUCCUUACCUGAUGUUGAAGCACUGAGGUUUUAUCUUACUCUACCAGAAUGUCCUCUGAUGAGUGAUUCCAACAAUUUCACAACAAUAGCAAUUCCCUUUGGUACAGCUCUUGUGAACUUAGAAAAGGCACCAUUGAAAGUACUUGAGAACUGGUGGUCAAUACUUGAACCUCCACUAUUUCUCAAGAUAGUAGAACUUUUUAAGGAAGUUGUGGUACAUCUUUUGAAACUCUACAAGAUCGGCAUUCCCCCUUCUGAAAGAAGAAUUUUCAACAGUUUUCUUCAUACUGCGUUAAAGGUUUUAGAAAUAUUACAUAGGGUAAAUGAGAAAAUGGGACAGAUUAUACAGUAUGAUAAAUUUUAUAUACAUGAAGUACAAGAAUUGAUAGACAUAAGAAAUGAUUAUAUCAAUUGGGUCCAACAGCAGGCCUAUGGAAUGGAUAUCAACCAUGGAUUAACUGAGUUGGCAGAUAUCCCUGUUACAAUUUGCACAUAUCCUUUUGUAUUUGAUGCCCAAGCAAAAACUACUCUGUUACAAACAGAUGCGGUCUUGCAGAUGCAGAUGGCUAUUGACCAGGCCCACAGACAGAAUGUCUCCUCUCUUUUUCUCCCAGUUAUUGAAUCUGUGAAUCCCUGCUUAAUUCUAGUGGUGCGUAGAGAAAAUAUUGUAGGAGAUGCAAUGGAAGUUCUUAGGAAAACAAAGAAUAUAGAUUACAAAAAGCCACUCAAGGUUAUUUUUGUUGGAGAAGAUGCUGUUGAUGCUGGAGGGGUACGCAAAGAAUUUUUCUUACUCAUCAUGAGAGAAUUAUUGGACCCUAAAUAUGGCAUGUUUAGGUAUUAUGAAGAAUCCAGGCUUAUUUGGUUUUCUGAUAAGACAUUUGAAGACAGUGAUUUGUUCCAUUUGAUUGGUGUUAUCUGUGGAUUAGCAAUUUAUAAUUUUACUAUUGUGGACCUCCAUUUUCCUUUGGCAUUAUAUAAGAAACUGCUGAAAAAGAAGCCAUCCCUGGAUGAUUUGAAAGAACUAGUGCCUGAUGUUGGGAGAAGCAUGCAACAGUUACUAGAUUAUCCAGAAGAUGAUAUAGAGGAUACGUUUUGUCUUAAUUUUACGAUCACAGUUGAAAACUUUGGUGCAACAGAAGUGAAAGAACUGGUUCUAAAUGGUGCAGACACAGCUGUUAACAAACAAAAUCGGCAGGAGUUUGUUGAUGCUUAUGUGGAUUACGUAUUCAAUAAAUCAGUGGCUUCCUUAUUUGAUGCUUUUCAUGCGGGCUUUCAUAAGGUCUGUGGAGGAAAAGUCCUUCAGCUCUUCCAACCUAAUGAGCUACAAGCAAUGGUGAUUGGAAAUACAAACUAUGAUUGGAAGGAACUGGAAAAGAACACAGAAUACAAAGGGGAGUAUUGGGCAGAACAUCCUACGAUAAAAAUUUUUUGGGAAGUAUUUCAUGAAUUACCACUGGAAAAGAAAAAACAAUUUCUGUUAUUUUUGACAGGCAGUGAUCGCAUUCCUAUUCUUGGUAUGAAGAGUCUAAAACUAGUCAUCCAGUCAACAGGAGGUGGUGAGGAGUAUCUCCCGGUUUCCCAUACCUGUUUUAAUCUUCUGGAUCUUCCAAAAUAUACAGAAAAAGAAACUCUGCGAUCUAAACUGAUCCAAGCUAUUGAUCACAAUGAAGGCUUCAGUUUAAUAUAACAUUGGGAGUUAGUAUAACAGUUUAGUUUAGUGCAGAAGCAUUAAUGCAAGAGCAUUAAACUAAUUAUUGUGCUUUUCUUGUGGUGAUGAAUUCAGCAAGGUGACAGAGAUACUAUUAUCAUUUUUAUUUGCAAAAUGUUCGAUGCUGUGAGUUUUCAUGAAAGCCAAAAAAUCUUAAAGGAAAAUGAACAAACUUAAUAUUAAACUUUAUUGUACAGAACCAUGGAUAUUUUUUUUUUUUGCCAUCUUCCCAAUAAACAUACAAGUAUUGUGAAUAUAUUAAAGUUUUACUAACAUGAAUUUUAAGAGUUUGCAUAUUUCAAAAAUGAUCUGGUAUGAGUGCAUGGAAAUGUUGCUUAAUUUUUCUUCAAUCAUUGGGUGAAAAACCUUUAACUUUGUCCUGCAAUAGCCAUUUGAUUAUUUUUUCAUUUUGUAAAUAAAGUUAAGUUUUGUAAUAAAAUAGUGAUGUUCUGAUAUCA